AUGCGCAAAUUUGACCAUUCACCAUUCACCAUCAAGGGACGGACGGUGGCUCAAAUACAAGGAAAAUAUCGCGAGGGCAGCGUCCAAGGGCCUAGAGGCAGCGAUGGAGCUUCGGCGACUCGUGGUCUAUCACCUGCGACGGCGCGGCAGCUGUUCACAUCAACGGUGGCACCGGUCGUGGACUACGCGUCCAACGUCUGGAUGCACGCGUGCAAAGAUAAGGCUGUGGGGCCGAUCAACCGAGUGCAAAGGGUAGGCGCGCAAGCCAUUGUGGGGACAUUUCUCACGGUCGCGACCAGUAUCGCAGAGGCGGAGGCUCACAUAGCUACUGCACAGCGGUGA